GUAACGGCGGAGCGGGGAGGGGAUGGAGAGCGGCGGCGGUGCUGAGGGGAGCUGAGAACCCGCGUCAGGAGCACCCCGGGGAGCCCACCUGGUCCUGCUGUGCAUCAGAGGCUCUGGGGGUCCCCACCCCGCAGCCAUGGUGAUGCAGCCCCACGUUCUGUGCCUGUCAUGCACGCUGCUCCUGGCCGACCUGGCCCUCAUGCUGGCCCUGGCCCACUUCUUCCCAGCACUGGCUCAAUUGGGCCGGGUGGGCUCCUGGCUGGAAGCUGGGCUGCGCCUUCUGGUGCUGGGGGGGGCCGGGCGGCUGCUGGCCCCCAGUGGACCUCACGGGGCUGCGGUGCUGCUGAGUCUGGGCCCGGCCAUCUUCCUGACCCUACGGGGCUACGUGGGGCUGCCUGGAGCCGCCCCGGUGCUGCUGGCCACAGCCACGCCGUCCUGGCUGGUGCUGACCCACGGGACAGCCGUGGUGGCAUUGCUCACCUGGAGCCUCCUGGUCCCCAGUGUAGCUGUGGGGGCGAAGGAGGCAGAGGCCUGGGUGCCCCUGAGGCGGCUGCUGGCCCUCGCCUGGCCCGAGUGGCCCUUCCUCAGCUGCGCCUUCCUCUUCCUCGCCUUGGCUGCGCUGGGUGAGACCUCAGUGCCUUACUGCACCGGGAGGGCCCUGGAUGUCCUCCGCCAUGGGGACGGCCUCGCCGCCUUCACCGCUGCUGUUGGCCUCAUGUGCCUGGCCUCUGCCAGCAGCUCUCUGUUUGCCGGCUGCCGUGGUGGUCUCUCCACCUUCAUCAGGUUCCGCUCUGUUUUGCGCACCCGUGACCAGCUCUUCUCCAGCCUGGUGUACUGGGACCUCGCCUUCUUCCAGAAGACCACAGCAGCUGAGUUGGCCUCCCGUCUGACCACCGACGUGACGCUGGCAAGCAACGUGUUUACACUCAACAUCAACGUCAUGCUGAGGAACCUGGGGCAGGUGCUGGGGCUCUGUGCCUUCAUGCUGGGGCUGUCCCCACGCCUGACGAUGCUGGCGCUGCUCGAAGUGCCACUUGCCAUCGCAGCGAGGAAAGUCUACAACACCCGGCACCAGCUGCUGCAGCGGGCUGUGCUGGAUGCAGCGGCCGACGCUGGAGCGGCAGUGCAGGAGUCCAUCUCUUCCAUUGAGACAGUACGAGUCUUCAAUGGUGAGGAGGAGGAGGAGCACCGCUACAGGCAGGCACUGGACAAGACCCUGCAGCUGCGGGACCAGCGGGACACAGAGAAGGCCAUUUUUCUCCUCAUCCAGCGGGCGCUGCAGUUGGCCGUGCAGGCUCUGGUGCUGUACUGUGGGCACCAGCAGCUCCGCGAGGGGACCCUCACUGCUGGCAGCCUCGUCGCCUUCAUCCUCUACCAGACUAAGGCUGGCCGUUGUGUGCAGGCGCUGGCGUAUUCCUAUGGUGACCUUCUGAGCAACGCGGUGGCCGCCUGCAAGGUCUUCGAUUACCUGGACCAGGAGCGAGCUGUGGGCACUGGUGGCACCUACGUGCCCACCAAGCUGCAGGGCCACAUCACCUUCCAUCGCGUGUCCUUCGCCUAUCCCACUCGCCCCGAGUGCCUCGUACUGCAAGAUGUCACCUUUGAGCUGCGCCCUGGUGAGGUGACAGCGUUGGCAGGGCUGAAUGGCAGCGGGAAGAGCACCUGCGUGGCACUGCUGGAGAGAUUCUAUGAGCCCAGGGCUGGGGAGGUGCUGCUGGACGGGGUGCCGCUGCGGGACUAUGAGCACCGCUACCUGCACCGCCAGGUGGCACUGGUAGGGCAGGAACCCGUGCUUUUCUCUGGCUCCAUUCGGGAUAACAUUGCCUAUGGGAUGGAGGACUGCGAGGAGGAGGACAUCAUAGCAGCUGCGAGGGCCGCGGGCGCUUUGGAGUUCAUCUCUGCCCUGGAGCAAGGCUUCAGCACCGAUGUAGGGGAGAGAGGAGGGCAGCUGUCGGCGGGGCAGAAGCAGCGCAUCGCCAUCGCCCGCGCUUUGGUGCGGCGUCCCACCGUCCUCAUCCUCGAUGAAGCCACCAGCGCUCUGGAUGGGGACGGCGAUGCGGUGCUGCAGCAGUGGGUGCGGAACGGGGGGGACCGGACGGUGCUGCUCAUCACCCACCAACCAUGGAUGCUGGAGAAGGCUGACCGCGUUGUGGUGCUGGAGCACGGCACGGUGGCCGAGAUGGGGACACCCGCUGAGCUGAGGACCUGCGGUGGACCCUACAGCCGGCUGCUACAGCGCUGACAACCAUAGGGCAGCUGGAGUGGGAUGCGAUGGGAUGCGGGGAGCAGUGGCUGGCUCUGCUCCCGGCUGCAGGACGGGAAGCGUGGGGUGCUCUGGGAUUUGCAUGGAAUAAAGUGGAGAUGCUUUGUAGAGGA